AAAUCCCAAAAUUUUUCUGAUUAAUCGGACCCUAAAUUUCUGUUAAGAUUUCUGCUUUUAAUUGUCCUUUUCGUGUUCUAGUACUCUUUCUUUUUAUAUAUCUUCAAAAAGAACUGGCAGUUAUAUAGGCAGCAUAAAUAUCAGUUAAUUCAGUUAUCAGUAGUUGUUUUUGAGUAUUGAGUUGGAUGGCGGAUUCAGACAACGACAACGAGAAAAGCAGCGAGACUUCGCCGAGAGAACAAGAUAGGUUUUUACCGAUAGCCAACGUAAGCAGGAUCAUGAAGAAGGCGUUACCUGGGAACGCGAAGAUCUCCAAGGAUGCUAAAGAGACGGUCCAAGAAUGUGUGUCGGAGUUCAUCAGCUUCAUCACGGGGGAGGCGUCGGAUAAGUGCCAGAGGGAGAAGAGGAAGACGAUAAACGGUGAUGAUCUUUUGUGGGCCAUGACGACGUUGGGGUUUGAGGAGUAUGUGGAGCCGUUGAAGGUUUAUCUGCAGAAGUUUAGGGAGAUGGAGGGAGAAAAGACGGCACCAGGAAGGCAGGCGGAGAGAGAAGGUGGUGAUGUGAGUGUGGUGAACGGUGGUCUUGGUGGUGGUGGGGGGAUGCAGUCAAGCGUGAUGUUGAUGGGGCGUCAAGGGCUUAUGUAUGGAUCUGGGAGCGCCGGAGCAUCUUCUGGUAGGUCUAGGUAGGAUAUUGAUCUCUACAAAUACUUAAAUAAUUAAUAAGAGGGAUUUUAGGGCACAUUAAAGAGGAAGAGUGAGUAUGAAAAUAUAUAUUUGGAGUGUCUCCACUUAUGUUUUAUUUUUCUUUUUCUUUUACUUUAUAUAUAUAUAUAUAUAUAUAUUUGGUUGUAAUUAGUUAUAUUUGUGAAGAGUCAGGGAAGAAAAUACAGCACUCUCCUCAGUAUGUCUUUGAUAAGCGGACCGUUGUAUAAUUAAUUAGCAAAUUCAAU